GUUAUCUUGAGACUCCAUUCCCCAGCAGGCUCAGCGUGUAGCGUGCGCUAUGGAGCCGCAAGUCGCAGAGCUGAAGCAGAAGAUUGAGGACACGUUGUGCCCUUUUGGCUUCGAGGUUUACCCCUUCCAGGUGGCAUGGUACAAUGCACUCCUGCCUCCAGCCUUCCACCUGCCCCUGCCAGGACCUACCCUGGCCUUCCUGGUACUCAGCACACCUGCCAUGUUUGACCGGGCCCUCAAGCCCUUCCUGCAGAGCUGCCACCUCCAACCACUGACUGACCCUGUGGACCAGUGUGUGGCCUACCACCUGGGCCGUGUUAGAGAGAGCCUCCCAGAGAUGCAAGUAGAAGUCAUCGCUGACUAUGAGGUACAUCCGAACCGGCGCCCCAAGAUUCUGGCCCAGACAGCAGCCCAUGUGGCAGGGGCAGCUUAUUACUACCAACGACAGGAUGUGGAGUCUGACCCCUGGGGAACCCAGCACAUAUCAGGUGUGUGCAUACAUCCCAGAUUUGGGGGCUGGUUUGCCAUCCGAGGGGCAGUGCUGCUGCGAGGAAUAGAGGUGCCGGAUCUGCCACCCACCAAGCCCCUCGACUGUGUACCUGCAAGAGCUGACCGGAUCACCCUGCUUGAACGCUUCAACUUCCAUUGGCGUGACUGGACUUACCGGGAUGCUGUGCCACCUCAGGAGCGCUACUCAGAAGAGCAGAAGGCCUACUUUUCCACUCCGCCUGCCCAACGCUUGGCCUUACUGGGCUUGGCCCAGACCUCAGAGGAGCCUAGCUCUACAUCCCAAGAGCUUCACUUUACCACAUUCAUACCCAGGAAGCCUCAGAAUCCCAGCAGAAGCUGGCUCAGCCCCAGGGUCUCACCACCUGCAUCCCCUGGCCCUUGAUACCCUCCCUCCCCUGUGGGAUCCUCAUUUAUGACAGUGGCACCUGCUGGGACUUAUUUGGCUAGAUAAGAUUUUACUGGGUACAAGAUGAUCAUUUUUGAUAAAGAAUUAUGGUAGAGAUCUUAAAUGAAGAUAACAAGGCUUAAAGAAGUUUGGUCAAAAGACCAAAGCAGAUCCAGACUUGCCACCUGCCUUGGAAUAUGGGAUUAUUACCUGUUACCAUUUCUCUGCAGUGCUUCAAGAUGCUACUUGUUACAGGGCUUAAGAAGCAACUAUCCCCUAAAUAACGGUACCUGCCUCAGAGUUAUUAUGGAGACUGAAUAAAUACGAAAUCGUGCCUGGCAUAUAAUAAGCUAUUAUUAAAGGCCCCAGGAAUCCUA